AUGGCCGACACCGAGGGAUCGUCCGAUCCCCAAGUCAGCUUCAAGGUCAAGACCUCAGGCGAUGGCCUGCACAGCAUCACCAUGGCAGAGUCUGCCACCGUGCUCGACCUCAAGGCCAAGCUCGCCACGGAAGAGUAUGAGAACAUCCCUGUCGAGCGCCAAAGGCUCAUCUACUCGGGCCGCGUCAUGAAGAACGACGACACUCUCGGCUCGUACAAGAUCAAGACCGGCAACACCCUGCACCUGGUCAAGAGCGCCGCCAGCAAUCACCCACCCGCCGGAUCUGCAGCUGCUGGUGCUGGUGCGGGCUCCCGAUCCUCGGCACCACCUCCCGCCGUGCCCACGAACAUGGCCGCCGGCACGCCGGCAAACGAUCUGUUGGCCGGCCUCACCGGGGCGCGCUUUGCCGGCCACGCCAACCUGCCCAGCCAGGACCUCUUUGGCCCUGACGGUGGAAUGAACUUUGCCUCCGAGGAGCAAAUGGCCGAGAUGUUGAACAACCCUGCCGUGGCCCAGAGCAUGAACGAAGCCCUCAGCAACCCUGCCUUUAUCGACUACCUCAUUCAGAGCAACCCCGCCUUUCGAAACAUCCCCAACGCCCGUGAGAUCUUCUCGUCCCCCAUGUUCCGCAGCAUGAUCACCGACCCGGAGACCAUGCGGACUAUGAGCCGCAUGCGCUCCGCCAUGGGCAGUGGUGCCCGUGGCGCCAACUCCUUCCCUGCACCGGGCGCAACGGACAACACGCCCGCCGACGCCGCUUCGACGCCCUCCGGAGGUGCCGCUGGUGCGGGCGCUCCUGGUGCUGGUGGUGCUGGUGCUGCAGCAAACAACCCCUUUGGCGGUUUCAACCCGUUCAUGUUUGGCUUCCCCGGCGCUGGCGGUGCCGGCGGCGGCGCAGGCAGCGACACGGCGACCAACCCGUUUGCGGCGUUCUUCCCUCCCGGGUUUGGUGCCGCCGGUGCGGGCGCGACACCCGGUGCGGCAGCUGGCACAGGCUCGGACACAGCAGGCGCAAAUACAGCGGCUGGUGAGGGUGGUGACGCCACUCGUGCUACUGGUACGGGCACCGGUAACGGUUCCGCUGAUGCCGGUGCUGGUGCCAAUGCAGCCGCCAACCCCUUUGCCUCUUUGUUCGGCGGCGCCGGUGGUGCCGGGAUGCCACAGAUCAGCCCCGAGCAGAUGCAGCAGGCAAUGCAAAUGCUCAAUGGCCUGGGCGGUGCUGGUGGAGCUGGCAGUGGUGCUGGCGGUGCUGGCGGUGCGGCGGGCGGUGCGGGCUUCAACCCCUUUGCUGCCUUUUCUGCGCCCGCGCAGGACACCCGGAGUCCCGAGGAGCGGUACGCCAGCCAGCUGCGGCAGCUUAAUGAGAUGGGCUUCUAUGACUUUGACCAGAACGUGGCGGCUUUGCGGCGCAGCGGCGGCAGUGUAGAAGGUGCCCUGGCGCACCUUCUGGGGAACUGA